AAUGUGCAGAUUUGUCUGCAAAACGCAGAUUUUUGGAGUCCUUGUGCAGAUAUUUAUUGAUUUGCAGAUAUUUGCAGUUUUUCCACGGUUUCUGCAGAUUUUUGUCAGAGUCUCCUUAUAUUUGCGCAGAUUUUCUAAAAAUGUGUGCAGAUUUUCACAGACUUUUGCCUGCGGGAGCGAAAUUUUUUCGGAUUACGGAUAGAUUUUUUUCAGAUUUCGAGCACAUUUUUCCGGUUUUUCGAGCAGUUGCAGACAUUUUUCAAAAACAUCUGGCAUCUCUGAUGUUUACAAAAGUUCUGCAAAAAUAAGUAAGUAAGCAACAUCAAACAAUUUAUCACACAAAAAUAAAUUAAUACUGUGCAAGUAUGGGACUUCCGGAUUUGCCGGAGCAAUUCGACGAAGAAGAAACAUUAAGUAUCGGAGAAGGUAAUGCUAUUAUCAUGGAUUUCGCAAGUGAUGAUAGUGAGUACGAGUCUGGGGAGGAUAACGGAUUUAUAGGAUAUCAACCACUUAGUCUACAUGACAACAAUGAAACUACUAUAAAUGAAAACGAAUCAGACACGGAUGAAACAAAUGUUGCUGUAAACGUAUCAAAUGUCUACCAGUCUAAUCCAGAUUUUUUGAAUUUGGAAGUAUGGAAUGCACCAAGGCCGUCUGAAUUGAGUAUUGAUCUUGACUGUGCAAAGGCAAACCAGAUUGUAAACGUGAUGGCUGGGUUUGAGUUACCCAACUCAGCAGUUCCUCCAUGGGCUAUAGGAAUUCCUGAGGACAAAUGGAAACAAGAGUUAUUACAGCGAAUUCGACAACGGCAACAUACUGUUGAGGAAGAUAUCCAAAAUUCCAAUCCCUAAAAGCUAUUCUUGUUCGCAAUUCAGUGGAAACUACAAGACAUUUGCGUGUUGAGUUUAUCAUUGAACAGCAAAAUAAUUACAAUAAUUUGUUGAUCAAAGACCAUUUUGAACGUAUUUCAAAUUAAAUAUAGGUUUAGUAACAGAACAGCAUUAAA